ACAAAAUUAAUUCAGAGGAGACAAGCCUCAGCUCCAUCAACGACAGCUGAUACAACUUACAGUCAAAAUGACAACAGAACCAUAAGAAAGAAAAAAGAAAAAGAAUGGUAGCUGAAGGAUGCAUGGAGACCUUUAAAAAUUGUCUAAACUACACUAUGCUGUAAAAUAUCAUUAUAAUUCAACGUAAAAGAACUGCGCAAUGCAGGAAAAAAUGGAAAGGGGUUCUGUAUGUUGAUUUUCAUUUCCAACAGUCACAUCGAGAAGGUUGUUUUGUUUUUUCGUUUUAAUUCUCUUUGGCUUUUGUCUGUGGCCUCAGAAUGAACUGGUAUGGCAACAACAGCUGCAGAUGGUGGAAAAGCCAUGCUACCCUGAAGAUACUGUACUUGCUGUUGUUAGGUCAAGUAGUUUCUUUUAUACUUGCAGUUUGCAGCCUCACAUCUUCACUAGUAGUUGAUCUAGGUAUUGAUGCACCCAUUACUCAAUCCAGCUUCAAUUACUUUGCUUUAGCUUUGGUAUUUGGAAGCAUUUUGCUGUAUAGGCGCCAAAAACUAAGGGUUUCUUGGUACUGGUAUCUUCUCUUAGGAUUCGUUGAUGUUCAAGGCAACUAUCUUGUAAAUAGAGCAUAUCAGUACACAUCAAUCACUAGUGUGACAUUAUUGGACUGCUGGACAAUAGUAUGGGCCAUAGUUCUCACAUGGUUCUUCCUUGGCACGCGAUAUUCAAUCUGGCAGCUAUUUGGUGCAGCCCUCUGUGUGUUGGGGCUUGGUUUAGUGCUUUUAUCUGAUGCUGGCGUUGGAGGUGGAGGUGGUUCGAGGCCUCUUUUGGGUGAUUUACUUGUUAUUGCUGGUACAAUUUUCUUUGCUUUAAGUAAUGUUGGUGAGGAAUUCUUUGUUAAGAAUAAAGAUCGUGUUGAAGUGGUGGCAAUGCUUGGUAUUUUUGGAUUGCUAGUGUCUGUGGUUCAGUUAUCUGUAUUAGAGCUAAAGACCCUGAAAUCAAUCAACUGGACUGCAGAUAUUAUAUUAGCCAUAGCUGGUUAUACUCUGUCAAUGUUUAUGUUCUAUACCCUUACUCCUUUUGUUCUAAAGUUGGGUGGAGCCACAAUGUUCAAUCUGUCCAUGCUGACAUCUGAUAUGUGGGCAGUCGUUUUUCGCAUCUGUUUCUACCAUCAGGAGGUUGAUUGGUUAUACUUUCUGUCUCUUGCAGUCGUAACAGUUGGACUAAUCAUUUAUUCAACGACUGAUAAAGAAAGUUCAGCUCCUAUACCUGCUCUAGAGGAAGGAAACUCCAAUGGAGAGUACCAAGUGCUUAAUGAUGGAAAUGGGCCUUUUGUUUCAUUAUAAGUGGAGCAGCUCACGGUGCUUCUUAUAUGCUAUAACUAGGAGCAGUAAUGGAUGAUCUUCAUAUUCCAGAUUUGAAUUAACAGUGGGAAGAAAAACUUCAAGCUUAGCAUGAAGACUAUGUCAAAGGAUGCAGACAGCAGAGCCACCCUUUUUGUUUUUUUCCACACUAUUUUAUUUUAUCAUUUGUUAGUAUUAUAACUAUGAGAAGAAAUUAUUAUUAUUAAUUGAUGAAUUCGGCAAAUUUUAGAGA